CAUCUGUCAGGAGACAGCAUGGCGGACAUGCAUGUGGAGCCUCAAAACAAGUUGCACCGACUGUCCAGCUAACCCCGCCCGCGAGAAGCAUCCGAUACCCCGCGCGUGCAGCCGGGACCCCCGCGGUGCCCCGAACCGACAGCAGCAUGGACGAGAACAAACUUCAGUUCCCGUCUCUGCCCGCGACCAAGGAGGACCUUCCGGACUGGGCUUAUCCGAUGAGACGGGAAAUGCAGGAGAUUUUACCGGGACUGUUUUUAGGUCCCUACUCUGCUGCAAUGAAAAGCAAGCUGCCAAUCCUUGAGAGACAGGGCGUCACGCACGUUGUGUGUGUGCGCCAAGACAUCGAAGCCAAUUUUAUCAAACCGAAUUUUGCUCAUACGUUUAGAUAUCUUGUGUUAGAUAUUGCUGACAAUCCAGUCGAAAAUAUCAUCAGAUUUUUCCCUUCAACUAAAGAGUUUAUUGAUGGCUGCUUAGCAACAGGAGGAAAAGUCCUGGUUCAUGGUAAUGCAGGGAUAUCAAGAAGUGCUGCCUUAGUGAUCGCAUACCUUAUGGAAACAUUUGGGAUGAAAUAUAGAGACGCGUUCAACCACGUCCAGGAGAGGAGGUUCUGCAUCAACCCCAAUGUGGGCUUUGUGCAUCAGCUACAGGAAUAUGAAGCGAUCUACCUCGCCAAACUGACCAUUAAAAUGAUGUCACCGAUGCAGUUGGGCAGGUCGUUUUCCUUACAAGCUGGAAUGCCAGGAAGCCGUAAACGCAGCCUGGAGGAGGAUGAGGACUUCGGGGCGAUGCAGGUCACAGCAGCACAGAACGGAUGAGCUUUAUUUACACGGAGCUGUGUGGCCGCAGUGCACUCACAUAUUUUUUUUCCACAUUUUUAAUGGGAUUAAAAAUGUAAAUAUUUGAACUUUUUCUAAAGGGGAAGUGACUGGGGUGGGAGGGGAGGGGGACGACUCGUGUCUGAGACAUGGAGUACUGAAGGGGAUCGGGCCAAUUUGAUAACUCCUUCUCUUUUGUUCUUGAGCUGUAUGCACUGAUGGGAGAUUUUUUGCAGUUUUAUAGUAUUUAAAGCAUUUUGCAGCGGGACAGUAUUGCAAUAAUGCACUUUCGAUACUUGAAUUUGUGUAGAUGACCAGAACGGGGCAGUCGGCAAAAGGGAAAGUAGCUGAGACGUCGCCCAGUGGAGGACAUGAGAAGAGGAAUAGCUAACGCCUUUAUUUUGGGAGUAAGAGUGGACUAAUAUCAGGCUUAAUGUGGGAUAGUAAGGAACGGGGGAGAAUAACAACUCACUGCUUAAUAAAAUCAAGUCAGACUAA